CAGAUGUUCCAAUCCCCUCCAUAUCAUGUGAAUCAGGUGUUCCAAUCCCCUCCCAAUCAUGUGAUUCAGGUGUUCCAAUCCCCUCCAUAUCAUGUGAAUCAGGUGUUCCAAUCCCCUCCCAAUCAUGUGAUUCAGGUGUUCCAAUCCCCUUCCAAUCAUGUGAUUCAGGUGUUCCAAUCCCUUCCAAUCAUGUGAUUCAGGUGUUCCAAUCCCCUCCAUAUCAUGUGAUUCAGGUGUUCCAAUCCCCUUCCAAUCAUAGUCAAUAGCUAAAGACCUCCAAACUUGGUGUGGCCUUCAGAUGAGCCCAACAACAGUGCGUAGAGAGCUUCAUGGAAUGGGUUUCCAUGGC